AUGCUCGAUAAUAAUAAUUUGUUUCAACGUGCUGCUGUUGCUUCAUCUGCUUAUGCUUCAAUGGCUGCAUUUACUGCUGCAGCUAAUAUGUAUAAUUCAUUCUAUCCAACAACAAAUACACAUAAUGAUCAAGUUAAUUAUUUUGGUUGUACUGAAAUGAAACGAGAACGACUUGAUCCAAAAAUAUCUGUUAAACUUGAAGGAAUAGAUUUAUGGAAACGUUUUUAUUCACUAGGAACUGAAAUGAUUAUAACUAAAAAUGGUCGUCGAUUAUUUCCAAAUUUUCGUGUUUCUGUUAGUGAACUUGAUCCAAAUAUUAAAUAUAUGUUUCUACUAGAUAUUGUUCCUGUUGACGAUAAUCGAUAUAAAUAUCAAGAAUCUGCAUGGGUUAUAUCAGGCAAAGCCGAACCUCAUAUUUAUGGACGUUAUUAUAUUCAUCCUGAUAGUCCACAAACUGGUGCACAAUGGAUGAAACAAUCUAUACUUUUUAAUAAAGUUAAAAUAACAAAUAAUCCAAUGCAAAAUUCUAAUCAAAUUCUUCUUAAUUCAAUGCAUCGAUAUAUCUUACGUUUACAUAUUGUUCAAGCAUCAGAUGAUUAUUCAAUACAAACAGGUCCUUUAAGUACAUUUAUUUUCGAUGAAACUAUUUUUAUUGCUGUCACUGCUUAUCAAAAUGAUCAGAUAAAAAACUUAAAAAUAGAUAAUAAUCCAUUUGCAAAAGGUUUUCGUGAACCAACAUAUGGAAAAAAAAAUAAUUCUAAAUCUCUCAAACGUCUUCAAUCAACUUGUUCAAUAAAUAAAUCAACAAAAUAUGAUGAAAAACAGCAACGUUUAUGUAAAAAUGAUUCCUCAUUAUUAUCAUCAAAUUCAUAUUCACCACCAUUACGAACUACUGUUGCUGAUUCGACAACAUCAACAACAUAUAUCAAUAAUAGUAUUAGUGAUCAAGAACAAAACAGUGAUACAACAACUUUGAAUUUUCCUUCAAUAUAUCAUCAUCAAUUUCCAUACAAUCCUUAUGCAAAUGAAUCGUCAUCUAUGUUAUACAAUCCAACAUAUUCUUAUAUGAGUUCAACAUCUGGAUCGUCAAUGAAUUUUUCUUCCUAUGGAUAUUAUCCAACUUCAGUUUAUUCAACAAAUAAUUAUAAUACACCAUUUUUUUGA